AUGGAGGGUUUUCUUGGUCUUUUACUGCUUUCUGGUGUUGAGAAGAGUUGGGAUGUCCCUAUUAAAGAAUUAUUCUUGGAUGAAAAGGCAAAUCCUACAUAUAAGGCCACCAUGUCAGUAAAUAGAUUCAAGGAUAUAAGGAGAACGAUUAGAUCUGAUGACAGGUGUACCCGUGAAGCUCGAUCUGCAGAUGACAAACUUGCAGCUGUUCGCUAUGUAUGGGAACUAUUUCUUGACAAGUGUAGAAAUAGAAUGAUUCGCUCAGUUAACGAACAGCUAGUCCCAUUCCGUGGAAGACGCAGCUUCACCCAGUAUAUGCCCUAUAAACUAGCCAAGUAUGGCAUAAAAAUAUUUUGGUUAUGUGAUGCUACAUCUGCAUAUGCUUUAGACGGAAUUGUUUACACAGGAAGGAAGGCUCAUGAACCUAUUCAGAAAAAUCUUGGAUUGAAUUUGGUGAAAGAUCUUGCUAAAAGCAUUGAAGUAUCAUCAAAAAAUAUUACUGUUGACAACUUCUUUACUAGUGUGCAGCUGGCAGAAGAGAUGCUUCAGAAGCAAAUUACAGUGGAGGGAACAAUCAAACAAAAUAAACCAGAAAUUCCUAAUGAGAUGAAACCAUCUACCUCAAGAGCGAUUCAUUCCUCUUCGUUUGCAUUUGAAGGUGACAUUACAAUGGUGGGUUAUGUUCCCAAAAAGAAAAAGUCUGUAGUUCUUAUUAGCAUAAUGCAUCACGACAGAAACAUUGAUGAAACUCAUGCAAAAAAGAAACCAGAUGUAAUUAAGUUCUAUAACUCUACGAAGGGUGGAGUUGAUCAAAUGGACCAGAAAAUUUGUUAUUACACUGCAAGAGACAAUCAAGAAGAUGGCCAUUUGCAUUAUGGAUGA